AUGGAUUUCUUCUCAGAGAUGGAGCCGGCUAGGAACUCAGGAAGUGUUCCCCUUGCAACCUCAAAGCUCAAACCCCUUCCUCCUGAGCCUUAUGAUCGCGGAGCAACUAUUGACAUUCCUCUUGAUACCACAAAGGACAUCAAGGCAAAGGAGAAAGAACUUCAAGCUAGAGAAGCUGAAUUGAAAAGAAGGGAACAGGAGCUAAAACGAAAGGAAGAUGCUAUAGCCCGAGGUAUUUUGAUUAUAGAGGAAAAGAAUUGGCCUCCUUUUUUCCCCAUCAUUCAUCAUGAAAUUUCAAAAGAAAUACCAUUGCAUCUUCAAAGGAUCCAGUAUGUUGCGUUUAUAACAUGGUUAGUGGGUUGA